AUGUACCCCCCAACACCUUCUGAACUUGAACCUGAAGAAAUCGCUCACAUAAUCUCUGAACUUCAAGCGGGUUGUGAGGGUUUAAGAAGGAUUUGGCUCUUACGUUUAUUAGGUAUACCACCUGAUUCUCUCACUCCUGAUUCAACCAACAAGAAGAAACAAGAUUCAGAACUUGGGAUAUCUCCUGAUAUUUCCAAUACCCCAAGAAGAUUCCCUUCUUCAUCUCAAGAACAUACGUUGAAACCCACCAUGACUCCGGAGCAACCUUUGAAUAAAUCGAGUGAAAAUCUUGUUGAUGUGAAACCAAAAAUGGAGGAACGUCCUUGUGCUCGAGAAAGACUAAUGGGAUGA